CAUUUUAUAUUUGUGUGGGCAUUUUCCCUUUUUUGUGGGUGAGACUUGAGAUGAAGAGAAAAGGAGAGUAGGAGAAUAACAGAUUUAUGGAUGAAUACGGAAAUAAAUGGGUUCUGUGGCCUCAAAAUAAAGAGAUUUCUUUGUCAAUUGGCACAAGACUUUUUGGUAGUAGUAGAAAAUAUAAGAUCCUUGCUGUUUUUGUGAUGCUAAUUUAGUGUAAAUUCUCAUUCCCUUUUCUGUAUACCAUUUACAGCUAAUUCGUAUCUGCUUAUUAUGUUCUUGGUGGAAUAAUAUUAUCACAUAUGAUUUUUUCUUGGACAUGUCGAUAAUUAUCAAGAUCCUUUCCUAUUUAGAGAGAGAAAGAGAGAGUUUAUAGAUAGGGAGGCCAUAGCUUCUUCUCUUGCUUGCUUUAAGCACUUUUAAUUUCUAGGGUUUGUAGAGUGGGAUGUGUGUGUUUACACUAAUCACUCUCUCGAAUUCCAGUAUAAAGAUUGGUACUAGAAUUUUGUGUGUAUUUGAAUUUCAAGAGUGUUUGGUGUAUAAUUAAUUAAUAGAAAUAAUGGUGAGGGGGAAGGUGCAAAUGAAACGAAUUGAGAAUGCAUCAAGCAGGCAGGUGACCUUCUCAAAGCGUCGAAAUGGGCUGUUGAAGAAGGCGUAUGAGCUCUCUGUUCUCUGCGACGCUGAUGUUGCUUUGAUCAUCUUCUCUUCUAAAGGAAGGCUCUAUGAAUUCUCCAGCUCCAAUAUGCAGAAAUCAAUAGAGAAAUAUUUGGAAGUUACAAAAGAUCGUAUUUCAGGCUUGGAAUUGGAACAGAACAUGCAGCGCUUAAAGCACGAAGCAGCAUUCAUGUCGCAGAAGAUAGAGCUACUCGAGAAUUCCCAACGGAAUCUUUUAGGGCAUAAUCUCGGGUCGUGCUCCAUGGAUGAACUUGAACAAAUCGAGAACCGGCUCGAAAGAAGCAUUAAUAGCAUAAGGGCCAGAAAGGUUCAAUUGUACAAUGAGGAAACAGAAAAGUUGAUAUCAAAGGAAAAGUUUUUAUUAGAUGAGAACCAAAAGCUCAGGCAAAAGAUUGGAUUGAAGCAAAAUCAGGCAUCAGAAAUGCGUAGAGAAAUUGGGAGUUACAGUAAAAGCAUAGAGAGGUCGGAGGCGGUGACGACUGAAUUGUUUAUUGGCCUACCAACUCCCUGCAGGAAUAUUGUCUCUUGAUACAAUUAAUCAUUACCCACUUAUUUAUUAAAUCAAAAUAAUUACCUCUCCUUAACAAAUAAAUCUAAUUAAUAAUUACUCAUAUAUUAGCUCCUUCAUAUAGGGUUAACUCACUAAACUCGGGCUGGCCUUUUAUAUUACAGGAGUUCUUACCUUUCUAAAUUAAAGAAAAAAAUGACCAAGAAAAUGGGUAAAUUUUAUUUUGCAUUGUAGAGUUACGUUUGAAACUUCAACAGCUUAAAUUAUUUACUGAGGUAAUUACAUUGUUGUAA